AAUUUCUCUUUCUCGGUGGACGCAAUGGCGGACGCAGAAAAAAAGGUUCCGGCGGUCCCUGAGAGCCUUUUGAAAAGGCGAAAGGCCUUCGCCACCAUGAAGGCCAUGCGUGUCAAAAAGAUCCUGACUGAGAAGAAGGCCAGGAAAGUGACCAGGAAACUGAUCUACAAGAGGGCUGAGAAGUACCACAAGGAGUACAGGCAGAUGCACAGGCGUGAAAUCCGCCUGGGUCGCAGUGCUCGCAAAGUGGGAAACUUCUAUGUGCCAGCUGAGCCCAAACUGGCUUAUGUCAUCAGGAUCAGAGGUAUCAAUGGUGUGAGCCCCAAGGUCCGCAAAGUUCUGCAGCUUCUCCGUCUGCGCCAGAUCUUCAACGGUGUGUUUGUCAAGCUGAACAAGGCUUCAAUAAACAUGCUGAGGAUUGCCGAACCUUACAUCGCUUGGGGAUACCCCAACCUGAAGUCUGUGCGUGAGCUCAUCUACAAACGUGGUCAUGGCAGGAUGAGGAAACAGCGCAUUGCCCUCACAGACAACGCUUUGGUGGAGAAGGCCCUUGGCAAAUAUGGCAUCAUCUGCGUUGAGGAUCUCAUCCAUGAGAUUUUCACAGUUGGCAAGAACUUCAAGCCUGCCAACAACUUCCUGUGGCCCUUCAAGCUGUCAUCGCCCCGCGGUGGUAUGAACAAGAAGACUACACACUUUGUGGAGGGAGGAGAUGCAGGCAACAGGGAGGACCAGAUCAACAGAAUGAUCAGGAGGAUGAACUAAAGUUAAGGUUUUUUCAAGGACUCAAAAGUGUACAAUAAACCAAAAAAAAUAAA